UCCAGUAGGGAGAAGUGCAGAGGUGUCAAACUGUGGGUGAGCGACAUAGGGGCAUAGGGACAAUCUCACAGAUUACCGUGACCAUUACUAGCUGUAUCUUUCUGUUUUACUCUUCAUGGAUUUGAAUUAAUUUUUCAUCGAGAUAUUGGCAUUUCAUUCCCGUUUCUGUCAUUAGAUCAGCUUGUCUGUACACUUGAAGAUGAGCACAGGGGGAUAAGGCUGGCUACAUUUUCCAAAAAAGGUUCCCCGUCUGUCUCACGGACAUUGGUCACCAACCUUUCCGUGACCGUUUUUCUGUUUCGAUUGGGCGUUCUAGUGAUUCUAUCAUGAGUUCCAAGGUAGUGAACUAUAACUCAACCUCAAGAAAGCCAAGCACGAUGGAUAACGUAACCGAUUGCAAUGGUGCCGGCUUGGUCCUCAUUCAGAAUCACAUUGAGUCUCUGAACAGUAAGAUGGACAAACUCAUCAACAUCCAGGAGAAGGUCCUCAACCGGCUGGAUGGAAUGUCCCAGGACAUUGACAGUAUAGAGAGGGACAUGGAAACACUGAAGGUGGAUAAGGAAGAGAUCCAUAUCCCUGCCAGAGCCCGAACUCUACCACCGGCCCUGGCUCAAACCCAGGGCAUGGGCAUGGGGGGCGAGGUGAGAGAGAUGUGUCAGGAGAUGAGCUCCAUCAUGACAGUUCUGGACCAGCGCUCGGAGAAGCAGGCUGAGAAGCUGGACGGGAUGGAAAAGCUGGUCCUCAGCAUCCAUCAGGUCAUCAUAUUCAUUGGGGAGACGAUGAAGAGCCCCCGGGUUAUAGAGAUGAUGUUUAUGGGUCCGGCAGCACACAAGGCCUCCAAGUCAAAAGACCUCAAGAUGGCUAUUAAGAGGCAAUCGUCCGCAGAAAAGAGCAAGAGCUCAGUUACUAAGAAGACCGACAAGCCAAAAGAUCACAAGAAGAAGGAUGGGAAGGAGAAGUCGGGUCUGAGCCCGAAGGGUCUGAAAGCACAGAAAAAGAAGAAGCCCCCAGACACAGCAGAUACGAUCUCCCUUAGGAAGCAGGUGUUGCUACUAGAGGUGGUUCAGAAGCUCAACAGGGAGAAUGCAGAGAGAUCAUCAUCAUCAUCAGGUCACCAGCAGCAGCAGCACCUCACCCCUGAUGGCUUCCUGGACCUGGAGGCUGGGUCUGGAGGGGCCUCAGAGGGUUCCCUCAGCACAAACCUGCUGGACCUUAUCCUCGAGGGCUCCAAGGCCCCUGUGACUGAAGAGGAGUCAUUGUCUGAGGAGGAGGCUGCAGGAGAUGGACUAAAAGUGGAAGAGAGGAAGGAGGAGGAGGUUGUAAAAAAGGAGAAGGAAGACCACCUUGUUAAUGAAUCUAAGGAAGAGGAGAGAAAGGAGGAGCUGUUGAAAAUCACAGAGAAGCCCGAGGAGGAUGGAAGACUAGAGGAAAAAGAGGGGGAGAAGGAGAAAGAGGGGGACACUACACUCUCUAAAGGCCCAUCGGAAGCUGUUGAUAUGUCGGUAAAGGAUAUCCCUUCUCUCCCAACCUCAGCUGAAGCUCCAGGAGACACCAACUCCAUUCCCGAGAGCUGUGAAGACCACAACAAAAGUACUUCAUCUGUGUCUCUGGAGGCAGCAAAACAGGACCAGGUGGAGGAGGGCAGCACCGGCAGUAAGCGUCGGGUGAUGGAGGAAGACCUGGGAGUAGAGGACCACAAGAAGAGUCGGGUAGAGGACGGAGAGGAGGAGGAGAGGGAGGGGGAGAGGAAGGAGGAGGAAGAAGCAGAGAGACCAGAGGAUGAGGAUGAGGGAUGGGGCGUCUUCAAGGCAGACGGGGUGGAUAUCAGUGUGGAGCGGAAGAAGAGGCUGGGGAAAGAUCAGGCCACAGAAGUCAAGCAGUCUACUGGGGAAACGUUCUUCAUUGACAAAAGUCCUCCUCCACCAGCUCCAUUCAACCAUCGGAUAGUGUCGGCCAAACCCAACCAGAUCAACAACUUCUACACCAUCAACAGAGUUGAGAUUCUAGGAGGGGGUCGUUUUGGCCAGGUGCACAAAUGCAUGGAAAACUCCUCAGGUCUCACGCUAGCUUCCAAAAUCAUCAAAGCCCGGAGUCAGAAAGAAAAGGAGGUGGUCAAGAAUGAGAUCAUGGUCAUGAACCAGUUGGACCACGCCAACCUGAUCCAGCUCUACGCCGCCUACGAGUCCAGGAAUGAUAUCAUCCUGGUGCUGGAAUAUGUGGAUGGUGGGGAGCUCUUUGACCGGAUCAUCGACGAGAACUACACUCUGAUGGAGCUGGACACGGUCAUGUUCAUCAGGCAGAUCUGUGAGGGCCUUCAGCACAUGCACAAGAUGUACAUCCUUCAUCUGGACCUCAAGCCGGAGAAUAUUCUAUGUGUGAGCAGAGUCACAAAUAAAAUCAAGAUCAUUGACUUUGGACUUGCCAGAAAAUACAUGCCCAGAGAGAAGUUGCGAGUGAAUUUCGGCACCCCAGAGUUCCUGGCCCCAGAAGUUGUCAACUACGACUUUGUGUCAUUCAACACCGAUAUGUGGAGUCUGGGAGUCAUUACAUAUAUGCUUCUCAGCGGUCUGUGUCCUUUCCUGGGCGACAAUAACCCUGAGACUCUGAACAACAUCCUUGCUUGCCAGUGGAACUUUGACGAGGAAGAAUUUACAGACAUCUCAGAGGAAGCCAAAGAUUUCAUCUCUAAACUACUCAUCGUCAAUAAAAGUUGGAGGAUAGGUGCCUCUGAAGCAUUGAGGCAUCCUUGGCUCUCUGACCCAGUCCUCCAUCACCGACUUCAUGAAAAGAAGAACAUGUGUCACUGUUCCCGGCGAUCUUCAUGCGUACCCAUUACAGAAAGUUGAGCAUGAUGACUAGACGGCGCCAGCUGUGGCCACCUGGACCAAGCCUGCUGUACACCUGCACGUUUACCGGCGCUUACCUAUCUAAACACCUGUAGAAGUACACCUGUAGAACUACUGGAGCUUACCUGUCUGUACACCAGUAGAACUACAGCCUGAAAAACUACAACCUGUAGAAUUACUGGAGCUUACCUGUCUGUACACCUGUAGAACUACAACCUGCAAAACUACAACCUGUAGAAUUACUGGAGAUUACCUGUCUGUACACCUGUAGAACUACAGCCUGCAAAACUACAACCUGUAGAAUUACUGGAGCUUACCUGUCUGUACACCUGUAGAACUACAGCCUGCAAAACUACAACCUGUAGAAUUACUGGAGCUUACCUGUCUGUACACCUGUAGAACUACAACCUGUAGAAUUACUGGAGCUUCCCUGUCUGUACACCUAUAAAACUACAACCUGUAGAAUUACUGGAGCUUACCUGUCUGUCACCUGAAGAACUACAACCUAUAGAACUACAAUCUGUAGAACUACAACCUGUAGAACUACCGUAGCUGUGUGAUGGUUGGACGAUACAUGUUACCUGAACAACUGUUAGCUCACUAGAUAUGCUGUUUUGUUGGUUUUAGUACGUAUAUCCAAGGAUAGGUCAAAAAUUAGACAAAAACAAGGACUUGGUUUUAGUGGAAACAUUACCUGACAGUCAUACUGUACUUUUUUGAGUGGGUUGUCAUGUACUGUAAAAGUGCUAUUUCAGUGUGAUGCCAAAAGCUUAGAAGUCUGGAGGGUGUCGUGAAAGAUAGUAUGCUAGGUACAGUAUGUGAAUUUAGUAGGGUUAGUAUGACAUAACACCAAACUCUAACCUCGUAUCUUGUAAAUACUUUGGGGGUUUUAUUUUGUCAGACAAACUAGAUUCCAGAUUUUUAAAAAUGUUUACUUUUAGCCAAUGUUGUUUCCCUGUCGUACAGUUGUACUGUUCUCUUCCCUCGUGUGUGAAUCCAUUUUGAUUAGCUUUAUUUCCAUCUCAGUUAUCCACAAUGCAUCUCAACGUUUAUGCUGUGAUGCUGUUCUCCAUUUCAUCUCAUUUUCUGUUCAUGUAAAAGAGUUCCGUGUUGAGUACUGUACCCCACUUUUCCUCGAACUGUGUGUGUAUUUAUCAAACCAAAGGAUUUUUCCGUUUAACUUGACUGAUAGACAGACAAAUGUCAUGUGUUCGCUGUUUGUUUUGUGCUCUCUUGAUGUUGGGUGUAAAUAGAUCAAAUGUGUAGAUGUUUGCUUAAACUUUUAAUGCAGACCUGGGGUACUUAGUGAGUCUGGGAAAGCAUUGUUAUACCGUUUUCAUUUUCUUGAAAUCAUUCGAUCCAUUAUAUAAUUAUAGAAUAUAAAUUGCUGUUGAUAAUCUAUAUUGUAUUUUGGAAAAAUAUGUACUUUCAGUAAAGAAAAUGGAAAUUGUUACGCAGGAAUACUCAUUUUUUGAUUUCACACAGACAGAACAAAAAAGGCCUGAGUUCAAGCAAGGAUAUUAAUACAUUUAAAUCUAAAAUAAUCUGACAAUGUUCGGGAUGUUUUAUCUAUGUUCUAGUAUAUUUGUAAAUCUACAGUAUGAAAAGGGUUGAAUGGAUCUGGUCAGGUUUUAUAAGCUCUAGGAUGUGCACUUUAAAUAGUUAUUUGUUUAAAUCAGAUGAAUUUAUAAAAACUAAUCCUGGCACUUAAGAGAAAAUACCAUGUUUAGAAAUGAUGUUUUUAUGCCUGUAGUCAUACCCUGCAUUAUUUCAUUAUAUUUUGUUAAUGUGUGUGUGUGUGUGUAUAUAUAUAUAUAUAUAUAUAUCCCCAAAAGCUUUACUUUAUAUUCAAAUAAUCUUAUCUUAUUAGUAUUUUCUUUGUUUCCUUUGUUACUUUUUAUUUAAUGAAAGCAUGCUUUUUGCUUUCAUGUGCUCAGUAAAACCAAUUAUAGUGCAUACAUGACACAUUCUACAUCAUUAUUUCAAUGUGUAGGGUUGUGCACACAUGUUUCCAUAGCUACUAUUGUUACUUGUUCAAACUUUUUCUCAAUGCUUGUCCACAUGUUAUUAUUUUGUAAUUAAAAAUAAAACUACUUUAUUACCUUC